AAAAUCACAGGAAAGGGUAAACGGUGCCAGCAAGGAAGCAGUCGGCGAUUCUCGACUUGAACCCUGUUUUUUUGCAAUAGCAGUUGGAGAUGUCACUGAAGCUCUCCGCCAAGGUCCUGGUCGAGACGAAGCUGGAGACACUCCCGGAGCUGGCUUAUCAGCCAAAUCGCUUCGACACGUCAUUUGAUAUGUUCAAUUUACACAGUGAGUGAAAGUACAGUAGCCGGGGGACUAGUAGUAAGUACUGCAGCCCGCACAUACUUAAAUACUCACAAGAUGCAGAAUAUGUGCAAUCCAUCCACUCCACCACUGAGAAGCCGACCGUCCUCCCAGAGCACUUAGAUAUGGUCGAACACUGCAAUCCUUCAGCUGUAGCAGUUUAUUGUGCUGCGUCACUCGGGAAGCAGGAUGCUUUCCGGUCGGCUGCGCUUUCAUUGGGCCGUGCGCUGGCUGAGGCAAAGCGACCCCUUGUUUAUGGCGGUGGUAACUGUGGCAUCAUGGGCGUUGUCUCAGGAGCAGUCAUGGAUGAGGGCGGCAAAGUCAUCGGUGUCAUCCCAUAUGCCAUUCACGCCGCAGGUGGCGAAAUAAAAGAAGCCAAUACUGUCACAAGAUCUCAAUCUAAUGCUGAAGUUCUUGACGAGAAAAAACGAGGACAGAUAGAGACGAUCAUCGUUGAUUCCAUGCACGAGCGCAAGGUGGAGAUGGCAAAACGCGUCGGAGCUUUUGUCGGUUUGCCAGGAGGAUACGGUACCUUUGAAGAGAUCCUCGAAGUUGUAGCUUGGAACCAACUCAACAUUCACAACAAACCCGUAAUAUUGCUCAAUGUUCUGUCCUAUUACAACCCUCUCCGUGAACUUAUCCGGAAUGGUGUGCGGGAGGGGUUCAUCCAGCCACUUAAUGAGAAGCUCUGCGUCUUUGUCGACGGUCCUGCAGACCAAAAGGACCACGAAUCCUUCGACUGGGGAAAGGCCACAGUGGAUGCCAUUGCUGCAUGGCAGCAUGUCCAGGCCGAGGCGUAUCCCAUUCACUGGACGAAGGAUAUUGACACUAGUCCAGUUCCCAUCAGCAAACCCAGCAUCAAAGAGACAAACGGGAUGAAUGGUGCAUUAUACGGCCUAAGUGCUAUCAAUGCAUGGUUGGCGUGGGGCUGGCUCGCGCUCAGACAACAAAUAUAGUCCGCUAGUGCAUUUGUCGCGUCGAUCGUGACACGGAUCAGCAGACUCACAUAUACACACGUAAUACCGCAUGUUCCCACUGUCGUUGUAAUAUGUAGCACACACAUCGU